CGUUAGAAAUGGCCCAUUAAGUAGAUGUAUCAUUCAAUUGUUAAAUAGUCAGCACUGUCAAUUUCUUUUGAAAUUUUAACUCAGAGACUUUCAAAGAAACUUGUAACGAUAUGUGAAUCUCUUUACUCUAAAACCGAAACAAUUUUUGGCUAUAUUGAAUUAUCAACGGGGAAGAUUGUGCGCUUAAUUUUCUAAGUGUUUAAACUUGACAUAAUUAUUUUGAGAAAAGAAAAGUGCCUUUAGUCUAAAAGAUGGAUUCAAAAUCGAUAAAUUCUGAUUCUUUGCAAAGAUCGAAACUGUCAUCAAAAUGUGGUAAUAGGUAUUCGAUAGACAUGAUUUUAGGUCGUCUGAUGAAAGACUCCACUACAAAGGAAACUGAUGAAUGUUUUGAAACAGAAAACAAAACAGACGACAUUGAUGCAAGUAUAACAGAAAUAGACGCUGUUGAAACAGUUACCGAUAAAAACGCUACUACAGAGAUUGAAGAAAAAGAAAGCGCCACACAGAAUGUCAUCGAACACAGGCUACAUACUAAAGACGAUUUGAAUGAAGACGAUUGCCCUGAAACGAUUGACAUAAAUCACGUGACAUCAACGUCCAAUGAAAAUCUCUGUAAAGAUACAGGAAAUGGAGACAGUCCAACGCCGUCUGCAAGUUCGUCCAAUUCUACAGUAUCAGACGACAGUUACCUAAAGAAACGGCGGUUUAGAACAACAUUCACUGCGGAACAACUAAAAUGUCUGGAGGAGGUGUUCCGAAUGACGCACUACCCAGAUGUUAACGCACGUGAAGAUCUGUCGCAGAAAACAAACCUUCCAGAAGCUCGCGUUCAGAUUUGGUUCCAAAAUCGCAGAGCAAAAUGGAGGAAAUAUGAGAAGUUGGGAAACUUUGGUGGACUACAGGAUUUGACGGAUGUUUCGUUCGUUCCAGCGCCUAAGACAGCUAUGAGACCUGAUGUUUUUCCGCGGUUUGUCAAAACACGAACAAACUCCGAUGACACUUCUGAUAACGAAUCACCAGAACUUUCUCCAUCAUUAAGGAUGCCUGUCCCACCAUUCCCACAAUUUUUGCCGUUUCCGAUGUACAGUAUCCCAGGAUUCCCUCUCGGUUGUUUUGGAUACAGACCACCGGAAGCACACAGAAGCGGAAGUAUAGCUUCACUGAGAAUGAAAGCAAGAGACUACGAGGCGGCUUUGGGAAUGCAAAACAUUUUUAAAACAUGAAACAUUGAAUGAUGUUGUAAAUAUUUAAUCAUUGGUGCCAUUAUUUGUUACGUUUGUUUUUGUGUGAAAAGAGUAAACAUUGAUAUGUUUGUUUGGUGUUUUUCUGUUUAACAAGGAGGACAAUGUUUGUUUAACUCUUAUUUAAAGUGAGGCGUUGGAUAAAUUGACUUAUCACGAAAAAAAACAACAGAUAUACAGGAAUAAAGAUCGACUUAUAUAAUACAAUACAAUAUUCCUGAAUGUAUGUAGAAAGUUAUUUUAAUAAAAUAAAAUCAUUUGAUAAAU